AUCAAAAUCAAAUAGAAUCAAAAUGAAUACAGUAAAGGUACUUGGACUGGUUUUAGCGUUUGCUCUAUGUUAUGAAUGCAUUCCCAUUCAACUAGAGGAAAUCGGUGAAGAUAUUGAAGAUCAUCCUAUUGAGUGUCAAAAUAUAGCCGGAAAGGAUAAUAUGGACACAUAUCAUAAAAGGCAAGAUUGUGAAAUUGUUUUUCGCAACGAAUACGUGAAAUGGUCCGAGAAAAUGCUUGCCGACGAGAGUUUUGUUAAAGAUUUAGAAGUUCUAAACAUCACUGAAGAUAACUCAAAUCAAUCAGAAGGAGGUAUUUCCAGACCGAAGCGAAGUGCCGGGUCAAACGAAUGCCCCGUUUUCAACGAGGAAUACUUGAAAAACAACAAAGCAUGGAAGCAAAGAAGCAUUUCUCCGUGGACGUUUUUCAUCACUUACAAAGCAAACAGAGUUCCACAAAGAAUGGUUGAUACGCGUUGUUUAUGUGAUGGAUGUAUUGAUAUUAGAACAUUAACAGAAGAUGUCGACAAUUUAAUCAGUGUUCGUUUGCCACUGACGGUUCCCGUUACGAAAAAUUCCAAACUGACGACGGAAGAAGUUCAUCUAGGAUGUACUUGCGCCGUUGCCAUAACAGAAGAUGCCUAGACCUGGAACGUUAAUCGAUUCUAUCAUCAUUCUAAUUUAUUAAUCUUUAUAUUCAAAAUGUUAAUUUAUUUUUUUAUCAAUCAAUAUUUUAUAUUUUUACAAUAAUAUAACUUUUUAUGUGCAAAAUAAGUAUAUUUUAUUCGCACACACUGUUCACAAAUGCCCGAUGGGUCGUUAAUUUAUGCAAAUUUAUAUAUUUUUUGUAACAAUACGAAAAUCUGUGUUUUGUCACACUAUUUUGCUACAUAUAUAAUAUAGUUUCAUGCACUUAAUUUAUCUGUUUUCCUAAAUUAGGUUUUAAUGUCAGGGGGUAUAAACGCAGUUGGACACCGCAUUGAAAAAUGAAGACUUUUAUUAGCUAUAGCCAGUGACAUGUUAUGAAAUGACUGAUACUGUUCAUUUAGAAAUUAUGACUAAUUCACAGUUGAAUAUGUUAUGGGAUACUUGGGAUUGGGUCAUGGUAUUUUGCGCUGUUGUUUCGGGCAGCACUAGAUUCAAGUUCCCAUCCCUUUUUCCCUCCUCAAGAGACAAUUGUAGAAUUUUCAUUGCGUUUGUUUAUAUUUAACAAAAGACACGGAGCUGUAUAAAUUUUGAACUCUCAUUUUUUUUUUAAUUAUUUAAUAAUGUCACCCGGUGCUUUAUCAACCUUUAGUAUUUCUAUGAUUGUUUAAAAAAAUUAUUAAUUGCUAUAUUUAAUAUAAUUUAUCAGUAGAUAUUUAUUCCGUAUGAGUAUACUUUAUACAGCUUUUAAUUUAAUUUAUGCGACUCAAAUUAUAAUAUUGUUUCGUGACACGU